ACCUGGGAAUGGAGUAGACUGCCUUUGAUCAUGGAUGAGUCAAGUGUCAAGAUGAGAACACAAGUGGCAGCGUUCCGCAUUUCCAGAAGAAACUCAGAUCAGAGGCUUGGCUGGAUCGCGCCUCCAGACUUGAAGGAACAGGAGCUGACGCUAUGCUCUUCACACUGCGCAGAGGAACCUGGCCUGAGCCCAAGGCCUUUGUCAGGUCAUCUGCCAUGGCAGGUGUGGUGUACUCCAGACAGGCCCCUGUGGACUUAGAUAUAUACCAGAGCUCUUACAUGAUUGACUAUCAACCCUACGGGAAGCACAAAUACUCCAGGGUCACACUACAAGAGCAAGUGAAGCUGGAUGCCCAGCUCCGGGACAAAGAGUUGUACAGGCCGAUCCCCAGCUCCAGGCCCAAGCUAGAGGAUGGGUACCCCGCCUUCAAAACUCCUCCCAUGACUGCCAGAGACCUGGGGCUCCCAGGCUUCUUCCCACCACAAGACCAAGACCGGGCGACCACGGCAGAGGGCGAAGGCAGGUUCACCGGUCUCUGCCAUUCCGUGUACCCAGUUUCCCACGCUCUGUACCUGGCCCAGGGUGAUCCCAACCGCGUCCACCAGAGCGCCCACUUUCCGUGCCUCCUGGAGCCCGAGCGCCAGCCUGCUGCCAAGGAGGGCAAAGGCUACUUCCUACUGCCUGGCUGCCUCUGUCCUCAUCACCACAAAGUCAAGUACCCCGUCUUGAACCGAUGGGGGCCCUUGAUGUCAUUUUACCAGUAGGAAGUGUGGGGCACCCCCAGGGGCACUGUGGAAACCCUCCCUCUCACCAGGCAAUCCCCCACUGCCCUUGGAGAAUGGACAGGAGAAGUGAAAAUAAAGCCGUGGAAGAUGA